CACUGAUAUAAACAAAGAGAUGUUCGUUUGUAAAGACACCAAACAAAUUUCAUAAGUCUUUAAGAUUUUUAUUUAGUUUUUUUUUUUUUUCGCUGCACGAAAAGAUAACAAACCAUAGAGCAUAUUCAACCACUCAUUGUGAAGGCCAAGGCAAGAACUAAAGGGAUAUUUCUACAAAUGUACCUUUCGCUUAGCUAGUAUCAUUGUCCCUUUUGAUAAUAGGAACCCAUCUUUUUCUCGUCUUGUCAAACGGGCGAUAUUCCACAUUCAUUGCUCCUAACUUUUUUUGUUCAUUUUCCACAUUAUUGUUGACAUAUUGGACAUUCAUUAAUUCUUUUUUCCACAAACCACAUGGCUAUGUCUCAGAUUUUCAUCCACAUUUUGUCACCAUAAUAUUUGUUAACUCUCAGAUUCAGUUACUUCAACUUGAUAUUUGUUCUAAAUUUUAUCUUUAGUACUUCUAUAUCAGAUCAAAGUGAAGAUGGUUGAUGCCGCCUUUGUGUCGUUUGCAGUGCAAAAACUGGGUGAUUUCCUCAUACAGGAAGUUAACCUACGUUUAAGUCUGAGAGAAGAUGUGAAGUGGCUCAGAAAUGAGCUGCUCUUCAUGCAAUCUUUCCUCAAACAUGCAGAGGAAAAGCAAAGCGAAGAUCAAAGAGUUCAACAAUGGGUGUUUGAGAUCAACUCUGUUGCUAAUGAUGCUGUUGCUAUACUCGAGACUUACAGUUUCGAGGCUAGUAAAGGUGAUGAUGAUAGAAUUGCUGGACGUCUGAAGGCUUGCACUUGCAUCUGUAGGAAGGAGACCAAAUUCUACAAAGUUGGCAAGGAGAUCCAAUCACUCAAGCAACGGAUCAUGGAUGUCUCUCGCAAACGAGAGACUUAUGGUAUUACAGAUAUAAAUAUUGCAGGGGAAGGACCAAGUAAUCGGCCAAAAAAUCAGUCGGCCCUGGUUAGAACAUUGAGGAGAACUACCUCAUAUGUAGAUGAUGAUCAGAUUUUUGUUGGCUUUCAAGAUGUUGUACAAAGAUUGAUAACUGAACUUCUCAAAGCAGAUCCUCGUCGAAGUGCUAUCUCCAUUUAUGGUAUGGGCGGAUUAGGCAAGACAACUCUUGCGAGGAACCUCUACACCAGUCCUAACAUAGUCUCUAGCUUCCCAAUACGUGCUUGGAUAUGUGUUUCUCAAGAGUACAAUACCAUGGAUCUUCUUAGGAACAUCAUCAAAUCUAUCCAAGGACGCACCAAGGAAAAUCUAGAUUUGUUGGAGAAGAUGACUGAGACAGAUCUAGAAAGUUACCUUCGUGAUCUAUUAAAAGAACGCAAAUACCUUGUGGUGGUGGAUGAUGUAUGGCAUAGAGGAGCUUGGGAAAGUUUGAAAAGAGCAUUUCCAGAUAGCAAGGAUGGAAGCAGAGUUAUUAUUACCACACGCAAAGGGGAUGUCGCUGAAAGAGCAGACGACAAAGGUUUUGUCCAUAAACUUCGGUACCUAACCCAAGAAGAGAGUUGGGACCUCUUCUGCAAGAAACUGCUUGAUGUCCAAACAAUGGUUCCAGAAAUGGGAAGGUUAGCUAGAGAUAUGGUGCAUAAAUGUGGAGGCUUACCUCUUGCAAUUGUUGUAUUAAGCGGACUACUUUCGCAUAAAAGGGGGCUAGAAGAAUGGAAAAAGGAGAAGGACCACCUUUGGAAGACCAUUAAAGCUGACUCAAUUGAAAUCUCGUACAUACUAUCAAUAAGCUACAACGACUUGCCAACUGUACUCAAGCAGUGUUUUCUAUACUUUGGUAUUUAUCCGGAGGAUCGUGAGAUCUACACUGAUCAAAUCACGCAGUUGUGGAUGGCAGAGGGUUUCAUACCAAGAGAAGAAGAAAGAAUGGAGGAUGUCGCUGAAGGCUUCUUGGAUGAGCUGAUAAGACGAAGCUUGAUACAAGUGGGACAUACAUUUUGGGACAAAGUUGUUAAAUGUAGGAUUCAUGAUCUACUUCGGGAUCUUGCCGUGAAAAAGGCAUUGGAGGUAAACUUUUUUGAUAUUUAUGAUCCAAGAAAGCACUCCAUAUCCUCCUUUUGUCUCAGACAUGCCAUUCAUGGUCAAGCACAAAGGUACCUCUCACUAGAUCUUUCUAACUUGAAGUUAAGGUCAGUACUGUUCUUUGAUCCAAAUUUUUGUAAGACGGGUCUUAUAAACUUCCGUAUUGAGUUCCAACAUAUAUAUGUGCUGCAAUUGGAGAUUCAAUCUGGCACUAGGUUUCCUGAUUCCAUAGGGAGUUUGUACCACCUCAAGUUCUUAAGAUUGAGUGGUAUCUAUGAUAUUCCUUCCUCCAUUGGCAAUCUCAAGAAUUUACUGACACUUUGUGUCUACAAUGAAUACGGACGCUUAUGCCAACUACCUCCAGAGACAGCUGGCCUAAUAAAUCUAAGACAUUUAACUGCUUUCUAUUCAAUACCUCUGAAACGUAUAAGCAAACUCACAAGUCUUCAAUAUCUUGAAGGCAUUUGUUGUGAUCAAUGGAAAGAUGUUAACCCGGUUGAUUUGGUCAAUCUUGGAGAAUUACGCAUGUAUGGUAUUGCCAAAACUUACUCCCUGAAUAACAUUGGCAACUUGAAACAACUUCACACUCUCUUCUUGGUUUGUAAAUACGAUGAAUCGUUCCCACCCCUAGAAUUUCUUAAUUUUUGUCAAAUGCUCCACAAAUUGUGGUUAAAAGGGAGAAUAGAGAAAUUGCCUCCGUCGGACACAUUUUCAAAUUCCAUCACAAUGAUGAGCCUUUCUCACUCAAAACUCAUUGAAGAUCCGAUGCCUAUCUUGGAAAUGUUGCCAAACCUAAGGAAUCUCGAUUUAGUUGCAGCUUAUGAAGGAAAGGAAAUUAGUUGCAGUGAUAACAACUUUGGUCAACUGGAGUUCCUUCGCCUUGAGAGUCUUGAGAACCUAGAAAGAUGGUAUUUAGCCACAAGUGCGAUGCCUCUGAUUAAAGGUCUUGGUAUUCAUAACUGUCCAAAGCUAAAUGAGAUUCCUGAGAGAAUGAAAAAUGUGGAGAGGUUGAAGAGAUUUAAUCUUUGAUGGAGCUUAUCAAGCAUGUAAGAUGUCCUAUUUCAUAAUCUAAAUCCCCAAUAAUUGAGAAGCAUGCUUAUCAUUUUUUCCCUAUAGAUUCCCCAAGGGAAUGUUGAAAGAAAGUAUUUAUUGUUUAAAGAUUAAAUUUGAAUGAACUUAAUUUUAAAUUUUUUUAUUUUACCACUAA